CCAACCUCUCUGACUUCACACUCGAUUACGGCUGUUAAGAAAAGCAAACAUGGACGUGGUAAGAAUGCCUUUAUUUCACCUUUAUAGGAUUUAUAACUGUUACAAAUAUGUACAGCUCUUCCAGACUGGCUUGUAUUGGAUGUACCAGUGUUGUUGUAGCUUUACUUAGAGAAUACAGCACUGGUUAAGGUGAAGCGGUUUAAUUAAAUAAUGCAAUAGAAUGGUAUUCAGUUUGUUUUACUCACUGAGACAUACAACUGUAAGUAUAUUUACAUUUAAGUCAGUUUACAGUUAGUGAGUUGGUAGAGCAAGUGCCAUGCUCUACCAACUGAGCUACACGGUGCCUAUAUAUCAUAUCAUUGAAUGAAUGGAGGCUGUUGGUGUUUCAGAUUUUCAACCUAAGCAAUAGCUGUAGAGAUUUGAUUUCUACUCUUGGGUUGACAGUAGUAUCUGGAGAGAUGUAGAUAACAGAUAAAGGAGCCACAGAAACUGACUGUUCAUUGGCUGCUUUUACACAGGCGGCCCAAUUCUGACAUUUUGCCCAAGUAUUGGCAAAAGAUCUGAUCUGAUUGGUCAAAAGACCAAUUAUUGUCAAAACUGGGCUGCCUGUGUAAACACAUCCAUAGUGUCAUAUUAUAUAUCUGAAAUAAAAGUUUAUAAUCAUCUCUGUCAAAGUGGUUGAAAUAAAAAAAAAUCUUAAAAUUAAAUAUUGUUGCAUGGACAGUGCAUUAUGUAUUUGUAUCAAUUGCUUAUUUGCAAACAUUGUCAAUCACAUGGAUAAGUGAAAUAUUUACACACAGUGUAUUUCACCUAGGGUUUCACCUAGAUAUGGUCAGAUUACUCUAAAGUUCUAAUCUCUUGUGUUUUGAUAAAACAACAACUUUUGAUAUAUAAGUCCAUUGAUUUCAGUUUCUGUUGACUGCGAUGUGAGUGACACACUGAACAUGAAGUUGAACUUCUCACUUCACAGGUUUCUAGUACCACCCCUUUCUGACUCACUUGCUGCAACAUAAAUCAGGCUGUGUCAGAAUGACUGUGGGUGUGAGACUACUGUCUGCAACCUGCUCAGUGGACCAUGAAUGUAAACACGUGCAUGCCUAUGUUAUGCGCACACAUGUUUAUGUUUGAGUGUUUUCAUGUGUGUUAUUUAAGCAAUAAGGCCGGAGGGGGUGUGGUAUAUGGCCAAUACACCACGGCUAAGGGCUGUUCUUAAGCACGAUGCAAUGCGGAGUGCCUGGAUACAGCCCUUAGCUGUGGUAUAUUGGCAAUAUACCACAAACCUCUGAGGUGCCUUACUGCUGUUAUAAACUGGUUACAAAUGUAAUUAGAGCAGUAAAAAUAAAUGUUUUGUCAUACCCAUGAUAUUCCACAGCUUUCAGCCAAUCAGCAUUCAGGGCUCGAACCUCCUAGCAAUAUAUUUAGUUUACUGCACUUGCACUGUACACAGUUGUACUGUUGAUGAUACAUUAACAUGUGGUAAUGAAACUUCUCCUACAAGCUGAUACCAUAACAAUGGGGCUCUAUACUUCUGGGGAGAUCCCCUUGGCUUAUUUUUAGAAACUUAUCUGACAACUGAAGCUAGUUCCCUCUGUCUGCCCCCCGCACAUAUCCGUCCUCUGGCCUGUCAUAUUCCAUCGAUGCAAUAGUUGUAUGUCUUUAUUCUCAAGUAGUUAACGCAUAAUCAAAUCCUCACUUGCAAGAGGAUGUGUUAAAGACACACGACUGAGGAAUGGAAUUGUUGUUUGAUUGAUUCUCUUCAAAUUGACACUAAGUCAGCCAAACCCACAACUCUGAACUUCUAUCCUUAACCACCGAUCCCUGAGAUUAAUCAUGUACCAUAACCACAAAUAUCUCAAGGCACUGGUACAGCACCACAAACCUGUUCUAUUCAUUCUAUUUCUAUGCAUAUAGCUGAAAUCCGGAUAGAUCACUUUUGAAAAACUGGGCUUUGAGCAUAGGCCUACCACACAGUAGCUUUAUGUGCUUAUAGACUACUGUACUUGUAGCCCAAAGAGAACAAAGAGUUUCCUGAAGCAAUUCCCUUGUCCUGGGAUUUCCCUUAGGGUUUUCUUGACUGACUAUUAGGAAACAGAGUAACCACAGAGACAGAAUUUCUCCCAAUGCUAAUUUAUUUCCUUAACUUGGUUAUUAUGCUAAAUAUAGAAUGAAGAUUUUUCGUAACUUUUUUGUUAUCUCACCAUAUUAGCUGAGGAUUAAUAAGUAAACUCUGCAUCAUUUAUGAACGUGUCCAUCAUCAUAUGAAACCUGAGCAUUGGUUGUGAGUACUGCUGUUUGAACUAAUGUGUGUGUGUGUGUGUGUGUGUGUGUGUGUGUGUGUGUGUGUGUGUGUGUGUGUGUGUGUGUUUCCUACAGGACAAUGGGAUGUGUGCGCGUUGGCUGCUUCGGUAAGUAGCGCUCACUUAUCACACUGUAUGAUCAUGAUUCAUAUGGCGGGAUUGUGGCUGAGGUAUCUCUAAAUGCUGGUUAUUUGCAUAGAACCUAUUUGAUUUACAUACACCUGUAUUGCUAUCCACUAUCUAGAGUCAGGAUUCUUCACAACUUGUUUACAUUUGUUUGUGAGUGGUGAUGGUAUCUGAUAGAGAUUAUGUCCCUGUGGGUCUCCAAUUAAAUAUAAAUAAUAUAUGUUUUCUGAGUGCUAUAGCUUUCUAGGUACAGUAUACAUUCCUGAAAGCUGGAGUCUCAUACUUAGAGGAUUGUGUGCCACUAACUAAAGGACAGUACUAUUUCUGGUAAUAGGAAAUAAGUAUCACAAAGAUCCUAUUGAAUUACUAAUAUGUAAUUAUAUGAUAAGAAUGCUACUAUAAUACUGCCAGUGACUUCACCUAACAGUACUCAGCUGAUUGUAUUGUUGUUAUGGUUUCCAACAGGUAUGUCCUCUUCUUCCUGGUAUCGCUGCCGUUUCUUCAAAGUGAAGGUAAGAGGCGAGCCAAGUGAAAUGAAUAUGACAUCAUAAAAAUAUAAAUAAACAUUACCUGCCAUGUCUAUAUCUUAUCAGACCUUUACUGUUUGAAUAUGUGUGGCUGAGUUUGUGUGUGCCAGCCUGCAUGUGUGUCUACAUGUACACUGAGUGUACAAAACAUUAGGAACACCUGCUCUUUCCAUGACAUAGACUGACCAGGUGAAUCCAGGUGAAAGCUAUGAUCCCUUAUUGAUGUCACUUGUUAAAUCCACUUCAAUCAGUGUAGAUGAAGGGGAGGAGACAGGUUAAAGAAGGAUUUUAAGCCGUGAGAUUGAGACAUGGAUUGUGUAUGCGUGCCAUUCAGAGGGUGAAUGGAGAAGACAAAAGAUUUAAGUGCCUUUGAACGGGGCAUGAUAGUAGGUGCCAGACGCAUGUUUUUGUCAAGAACUGCAACCCUGCUGUGUAUUCAUGCUCAACAGUUUCCUGUGUGUAUCAAGAAUGGUCCAUCACCCAAAGGACAUCCAGCCAACCUGACACAACUGUUGGAAGCAUUGGAGUCAACAUUGGCCAGCAUCCCUGUGGAACACUUUCGACACCUUAUAGAGUCAAUGCUCCGACGAAUUGAGGCUAUUCUGAGGGCAACUCAAUAUUAGGAAGGUGUCCUUAAUGUUUUGUGCACUCAGUGUAUGUAUGUAUUUGUGUAUGUUGGCUCUGUGAGAUUUAAUUUACAUCAAGACUAUCUGAACCAUGAUGUUAUCUAUUCAGUAGAAGGGAAUCUACCAGACAAAUGAGAGAAAAGGGCAAACAUGUCAGAUAGGGAAGUGAAAACUACAGAAGUCACCAAAAAAAGUCUACCCUCACACCCACACAACCCCAACACCUAACUCUCUGGCAUAUCCCUCCCGCGACCUCUCUCCCUCUCGCUCAGAUGUCACCAUGGUGAUAGGAGAGGUGGGCGGGUCUGUGACCAUCCCCUGUACCUCAGACCUCCAGGAGAAGUCUCUGGACUUCAUGUAUGUACAGAGACCUGGUUCCAAUGGAAACAGUUCCCGGUUCAUUAACGGCUACCAUACGAAGAAGCACAUAGAGCUUACGGAGUACACAAACCGUACGCGUGUAGACCACACACAGCGAACAAUGAAGCUGUGGAGUAUACGGCCAUCAGAUGAGGGGCUGUACGUGUGCCACAUCCAAUACCAAACCAAGAUUAUCCUGGAGAACAUACAGCUCAAAGUGACAGGUAACAUUACCUCAGUUCAAACUCUCUUUCCAUGUUUGUGUUUUAUUCAUUUUUCUAUUUUAUUCUCCCACAUGUGGAACAUGGCUUUCUGGAUGAAAGAGAACAUUAUUUUUGUGCCGUCAGAUGUGCGCGUGUAAUGGCCCAAACCAUAGAUACAUUCACAAAAAAAAAGAAAAAAAGAAAGCUGUAAAAUGGCUAUCACUAAGACAUAUGUCUCUCAGCUCUGAGAGAGCGAGUGUGUUGUUUUGCCCUUUGUGUUUUCAGGAAGUAAAACUAAGAUCCUUUCCUCCUCAGUCCUUACCAGCAUUUCCUCCUCUCGCUCCACUCUCCUCUCUCUUUAUCUCUAUCUCUCCUCCUCUACAGCCAACUACAGCAUCCCCAAUGUAACGGUGGCCUGUGACAAUGGCAGUUGCUUGGUGACGUGUUCCUCCGACAGUGGUUACCCUCGUAGGGACGUUGAGUGGAGCCCGAACCCUCCUCUGAACCAGAGCCACUGGAGAGCAGUGAACAGCAGUGGGAGGAGAGACCCGGUCACCACGCUGUUCUCAGUCUUCAGUUCCAUAUCCGUCAACUGCUCCUCCGGACCCCAGCUGAACCUCAGCUGUGCUGUAGGGGGCGCCCUCUCACAGGAACACACUGUCUGUGAGUGCUGAGACAGUGUGUCUCUGUCACUUUGUCCUUAAAGGAAAACCCCACCCAAGAACUAUCUAAAAUACAGAAGUAAUCCCCGUAUGAUGCAUUUUGCUCAUAUGAUGCUGUGUUUUGCAUCGUAUGAUGCAAAAUGCAUCAUAUGGGGAUGACUUCUGUAUUUUGAAAGUGACAUAUCUUGAAAACUUGAUUGCUGACAAGCAAAACAUUUUGGGGCUAUGUCAACAAUGGACUAAUGAAACAAAUACCAAAAGAUAGUUUUCCUUUAAAUUUGUAACUUUACACAUUUCUGUCAAGCAAUUGAAAAUGAAAACCAACAUGUUAUUCUCUUCAUCUAAUAUAGGCAGGCCUCAGACAGGCUCUCCUGAUUACUAUGUGAUCUCUGCCGUUGUGGCUGGUGCUGUUGCUCUGCUGUGUUUCCUGCUGAUUGGGCUGUUUGUAUUCAAGGAAAGGAAGGCUCGGACAGCCAGAGUUAAUCAAGGUAAGGAUUACAUCACCUGCAAUAGUGGAAACACCCAUUAUUGUCCCUUGGAAAUGGGACCGAUAAAAAUGAGAAAUACCUAUUGUACAUCAUGACAUUGCUCUUUUUUAUCUGAGAAAUGUAUUUUGAAUGUAAACCAAUCAGGGUUUAGGCCUGGUCAUAGCAAUAUUACAGCAACCACGUUAGUUGUUAAUGAUCUUGUCAAAGCUUUAGACACUAAAAUGAAAUGUGCUGCUUUGUUUGUGGACCUGUCAAAAGCUUUUGAUACUGUUGAUCAUGCAAUUUUAUUGAAUAAGUUGUCCUCGAUAGGCCUGAGCUCUGACGCCUGUUCAUGGUUUCAUGAUUAUCUUAGUGACAGAACUCAGGCCAUCGUGAUUGAUGGGAUUAAGUCUGAAUUUCUUGAAGUACAUAAAGAUGUUUGACAGGUUGAUUUUGGGACCUGUUCUCUUCUCUUUUUAUAUAAACACCAUUGGUCAAUCUGUUAAAAAUGGUAAACUUCAUCUAUAUGCAGAUGAUACUAUUAUGUAUGCUAUUGCCCCAACUGUUGAUCUAGCUGUGUCAAAACUACAGUAAAAUUGUAUAGCUAUGCAGAAAUCCCUUGCUGAUUUAAAACUUGUGCUUAAUACGGGCAAAACAAAAUACAUGUUGUUUUCAAACUCUCGUAAGAAAGUUUCAGAGGAACUACAUGUUCACUUAUUUGAUGGUUCUCCAACCGAACGUGCUCACGCAUAUAAAUACUUAGGCAUUUGGAUUUAUAUGUAUUUGAAGUUUAAAAAACAUGUAGAUGUAAGCUAAGAUUUAAAGUCAGCUUUUUCUACAGAAACAGAUCGUGCCUUUCUCUAUGCAGUAAGAGGCAGAUUAUUCAGUCAACCUUUUUAUCUGUUCUUGAUUAUGUUGAUAUUUUUUUUAUCAAAGUGCAGCCUGCAGCUACUCUUAAACCUUUGGAUGCCAUCUAUCAUAGUGCACUUCGUUUUGUUACAGGCGACAGUUUGGAUACUCAUCACUGUAACCUGUAUCAAAAGGUUGGCUGGACUUCGCUAAAGACCCUAAGAUCUACAUUACUCCCUUUUUGUUUUACAAGGCCUGACUUCAUAAACGUCCGUCUUAUCUAACUUUUCUGUUGAAGUAUAGGCACCUGAGUUGCCUAACCCGCACACAGGAUUGGUUAAAUCUUGAGGUUCCUAGGGUCUCCACCGAGCUUUGGUCAAUCUGCUUUUAGUGUUAUUGCACCGUAUUUCCGGACAAAAAAAAGCUAAAUACAUUUCAUCUUGAUGUUCUGGUGCCGUUCGGGCAAUUACAAGUAUUGAUUGGGGACCUAUUUGUGGCUCUAACCUAUUCUGGCUAACCAGAAUAGAAAGAGGAGUGGGAGGCCCCGGUGCACAACUGAGCAAGAGGACAAAUACAUUAGACUGUCUAGUUUGAGAAACCGACGCCUCACAGGUCCUGAACUGGCAGCUUCAUUAAAUAGUACCCGCAAAACACCAGUCUCAACGUCAACAGUGAAGAGACGACUCCGGGAAGCUGACCUAGGCAGAGUUGCAAAGAAAAAGCCAUGUCUCAGACUGGCCAGUAAAAAGAAAAGAUUAAGAUGGGCAAAAGAACACUGGACUUUUUCUUUGCAACUCUGCCUAGGUCAGCAUCCCGGUGAAGCAUUUAUUUGGGCUGCAAUUUCUGAGGCUGGUAACUCUAAUUAAAUUAUCCUCUGCAGUAGAGGUAACUCUGGGUCUUCCAUUCCUGUGGUGGUCCUCAUGAGAGCCAGUUUCAUCAUAGCGCUUGAUGGUUUUUGCAACUGCACUUAAAGAAACUUUCAAAGUUCUUGAAAUGUUCCGUAUUGACUGACCUUCAUGUCUUAAAGUAAUGAUGGACUAUCGUUUCUCUUUGCUUAUUUGAGCUGUUCUUGCCAUAAUAUGGACUUGGUCUUUUACCAAAUAGGGCUAUCUCCUGUAUACCCCCCUACCUUGUCACAACACAACUGAUUGGCUCAAACACAUUAAGAAGGAAAUAAAUUCCACAAAUUAACAUUUAUGAAGGCAAACCUGUUAAUUGAUAUGCAUUCCAGGUGACUACCUCAUGAUGCUGGUUGAGAGAAUGCCAAGAGUGUGCAAAGCUGGCAAAGGGUGGCUAUUUGUUUAACACUUUUUUGGUUACUACAUGAUUCCAUAUGUGUUAUUUCAUAGUUUGAUGUCUUCACUAUUAUUCUACAAUGUAAAAAAUAGUAAAAAUAAAGAAAAACCCUUGAAUGAGUAGGUGUGUCCAAACUUUUGACUGGUACUGUAUAUAUCGUUUAGGUAUAAUGUGUAUAUUUAUGUUGUAUAUACAGGUCGCGUUUGUAAAAGAGACCUAGGUCUCAAUAAAUAUAAAGGUUAAAAUAAAGGUAAAAAAUAAAACAUGUAUAAAUACAUCCUGUUUUUACAGAUGGGGAGGAAGCAGCAAGGACAGCUGAGUGAGUAUCUGUUUCACUGUUUCACUCAAACUCAGAGGAUGAAUACAAAAUCAAAAACUUGACGUUGGUUUAGCUAACCUCUGCAGCUGACCUGGCCAAACAGUUAAACAUGUUUGUUUUGUUAAAGUCUGCUUUUUCAUUCCUCUCUUUUUUCAUUCCUGUUCUUUUUCAAUCCUCUCCUCUAUUUCUUCCUCUGUGCUUCACAGAAGAGUACAGCUCACCUGUAUGAACACACAUUCUUAAUGGAUCUUGGAGUCUGUAAUGUUGUACAUUUGGAACCCAGAAUAUGGAAGGUUAUUUUAUUGAUAUGUUAUCUAUAAAUCUGAACUGUUCUGCCUUCUGAUGGGACAAGGGGAAGGGAUCACUGGGUGACCUACACAUUGCCUGGACUUGGCGCCAUUGGAAACCAUGUUAACUUUCCUCUCCACGCCGGAGGACAAGCUGGACUUAAGAGGUGUUUUCAUGGUGUUGAGGAAGACUGUGAGUUGUAUAAAUAUUUAACCAGUAUGUUCAAAUGACUGAGUUCCACAGAAGAACCAAUGGAGAACUAGAAAUGCAAUGACUUUACUCAAUGUGUGCACUAUUGUAAGGCAUGGAGUUAUCCAGGGCAAUGUUUUAAAUCCAACAUACGUUUGGAUUAGGACUAGUGACCUGCACUGCACUUAAACAGAGUAUACACUUAUUUAUUGUGCACUUAUCAGGGGUUGACUGUAUUCAACUGACUCAUGUGCAAUUGUGAACUGUGUAACUGUGAAGCUAUCGGUGUAUUAACCACAGCUUACCCAGUACAGCCAGAAGAGGGAUGGCCAUGCCUUCGGGCCAGGUUCCUCUCUAUGUUUUUUCCUUGGUUCCUGCCUUCUGGGGAGUUUUUCCUAGCCACUGUGUUUCUGCCUCUGUAUUGCUUGCUCUU